AUGGAGCAGCGGCAGCACGAGCAGCCCGAAGGGCCUCCUUUCCACGCCUCAGCAGCAGAUGAGGCGCACGGGGGCCCCCACCAGCCCACUGCAGCGGCAGCAGCAGGAGCAGCAGCAGCAAAGGGAGCAGCGCCCAAUCCGCAGCACGAGGCUGACCCUCCCCGCAAGCGGCGACUGCUGUUCCCCAAGGCCCGCCCGAAGAAGAUGCAGGAGUUCUUUGGCCGGAGGCUGAACUCAUCAGGCGAGGCCACAGAGGGCGCCAAGUUCCGUGCAGUAGAAAUCACCCAGCAGCAGCAGCAGCAGCAACAGCAGCAGCAGCAGCAGCGAUGUGACGCAGUGGGAGGGAGUGUCUGCGGCGAAGACUCUUUCGAGGCCGCAAUGGCAGCAGCGGGGGCCGUGGCUGCUGCUGCUGCUGCUGGGGCUCCGGCACCUUGCGGGGGCACCAUAAAGCAUGAGGGUAGUGAGUUUGUUCCUGGAAAACAAAUUAAAGAAACUGCGACUGAGUCCCUCGACUCCGCCUUCUCCUCAGUGACCACAAGGGCCCAGUCAGCAGAGAGCUGCUCCUCAGCCUCCACAGCUUUCGGGCCUGCAGCAGCAGAGCCAGAGCCCCCGCCUUCCCCCAAGAGGCCCCCCCUGGGGGCCCCCAGCCUCCAGGGGCCCCCCGGGGGCCCCCCUGAGGAGGCUUUCCGGCCUCUGCCCCCUUCCUUCGCCAGCCCAGAAAGUGCAGCAACGAAGCUGCUGGACUCUUCCUGUCUGGGAGUGCAGCGGCUCACGCUGCAGACCCCCACAGCGAACUCAGGGGGCCCCGGGGGCCCCGGGGGCCCCGGGGCCCCAGGGGCCUCGGGGGCCUCUGGGGCCCCGGGGGCCCCCGAGGGUGCAGGUGGGGGGGCCCUCGGGGCUGGGGGCGGCCGGCGGAGCCCCCCUGAGAAGAGGCCGUCUUCAGGGGCCUGCGAAGUUGAGGAGGCGGAGGUGCUGCAUGCAGCGGAAGAGCUGGGAGACGGGGGCCUGGGGCCCCUGCAGAAGGCAGAAGACUUUUCUGGAAUUCCCCUGGGAGUGAGGCUGGAGAGUAAAGCAAUUAAGCAGAAGUUGCACGGAUGUGACGAAGUGGUGGGGUGUCUAUACAGCUGCGGGGGCUGCGAAGAGCGCGUCAAGGUGUGGGACGAUCUUGUGAAGCCUCACUUCAUUUCCAUUUUGAAAGACACGAACGCGCCGGUGGUUGCGAAGACUGUGGAGCUGCUGCAGGCGCUCGUGGGGGAGGAAGCUGCUGCUGCACCCUUUCCUGCUGCUGCUGCGCUGCCGCUGCUGCAGCAGCACGGCCGCCAGAUCCUCUCUCAGGUGCUUCCAAACCCCCGACACUUCUCCGGCUGCUGCGGGGUGCUGCUGCGGCUCAGCGGGGCUUCUGCUGCUUGUGCUGCAGAAGCAGCAGCCCUCGUGGCAGCAGCAACUCAGUCCUUGUUGGCUGAAAAGAAAGGCAAUGUUGCUGCUGUCAAAGGCCAGGCUCUCCGAGUUGUGGGCAGCAGCCUGGAGCUGCUGCUCAAACUGCUGCAGUCCUACGGGCUGCAGUUUGUUGCUGCUGUGGGGAGCCUCCAAAAUGUGGUGAAGACUAUUUCACCCUUUGCUGCAUGCAGCGACAAGCGGGUCCGCAGCGCCGUGGCCACUUUGGCUGCCACGGCGGUGCACCUGACUGCUGCUGCAGUGGGAGCCCCCGCAGCAGCAGCAGCAGCGGCGGCUGCAGCAGCAGCAAAGAAGGCCGUUCUGGAGGGUUUGAAAGGCAGCAAGUCCAUGCAAGCUGAAGUCGAAAAACUCAUUGAACAGUUUGCUGCGCAGCCGCCCCCCGCCCCACACCUCUCUAUAGCUGGGAUGGCCAGCGAGGGCCCCAGCAGCAGCAAAACGCAUGCAGCAGGGCUGGGGGAGGGAGGGUGUGGGGCCCCACUUGCUGCGGGGCUUCUGGCUGAGACAGAUGUGCUGAAGGCCGUUUGCCAGCAGCAAACUGACUGGGUAAUCCGAGUCACAGAGGGGACGCAGCCAGCAGCAAAAGGGGAAAGAGAGGGCAAUGAAGAGCCUCCUUGGAAAGUCAAGUUGCAGGCCUGGCAGCAGCUCGAAGCCGCUCUGCGAGAUUGUAGCUGCCUUUACAAGAAAAACCCUUUCUUACAUCAGCAGCUGCUGCCGCUGAUGCACCGCACACUGACAGCUGAGCCAACGCUCCCCGUGGUGACUUGUGCAUUGAAGACGCUGCAGCUGCUGGUGCAGCUGCUGCUGCAGCCGCAGGGCGGCGAUGGGCCGCAGCAGCAGCAGCAGCUGCAGCAGCAGCUGCAGCAGCAGCUGCGGGGCCUGCUGCCGGACGCGCUUGCGAAGCUGAAGGUGAACAACCGGCCCGUGCAGUCUGCUGCAUGCACAUGCAUUGGCACGUAUUUGUCGUGCAUUCCCUUAGAUGUGGUGGUGGGGGACUUGCUGCCAAUUAAAGAAAAACUUGCCCACUACCAGAAGCUGCUGCUGGACGAGCUCACCAAGGCCACGGAGCAGCAGGGGGGCCCCACACCGGCGCUGCAGAAGGCUGCUGCGCUGCUGCUUGCUGCAGGGCGAACAGCAGCAGAUGACGGAAACGCAGCAGUGAGGGCAGCGGGAGUUGCCCUUAUUGCUGCAGUGGCGAAGCACGCGCAAGGCUUUGCUGCUGUGGGCGACGCGCUGCAGAAACUCUCAGAGCCCAAACGCCAGCAGCUACAAAAGGCCAUAGCCGCGCAUGCUGCAGCAGCAAAAGGGCCCCAGGCCCCUGUCUCCUCUCCGCGCCGCGCGCUGCUGCACGGGACUGCAGCUGCAGCUCCAGGCGUCCCCUUUUCGCGCAUGCGGAGCCGCGGCGCUGCAGCAGCAGCAAUGCCAGCAGCAGCAGCAGCAGCAGCAGCGCAGGCCGCUGGUGCCGCCGCUCCCGGUGCCUCAGCCGGCGCAGUGACCAGUGGUCCACCAAAGACCACUCUCCGCAAGCAAGCUUCUCUAGGCUGCCUCAGCGCGAGGGGACCCCUGCGGCGGCCUGGUGGCGCUGCAGCAGCAGCAGCAAUGGGGGGCGGUGGAGCCUCCAGCUCAAGCGCUGCUUCUGCUGCAGGGGCCCUGUGGGAAGCCCCGCAUGCAACCAUUGGGCCUGAAGAGGCUGAAGCCCGGACGCGGGAGCUGCUGCCUCUCGAGCUGCUGCAGGGCUUUGAGGCAGCUGCGGGGCUGGAGAGGAAGAGGGCCUACAAAGCGCUGGAGACUUGGUGCCGCCGCCCGUGCGACUGCAGCAGGUGCAGAGCCGCGCAGGGGCACAUGGAGACAGAGGAGGGGCCCAGCAGCAGCAGCAGCAGCAGCAGCAGCAGCGGCGGCUGCAGACUUGCUGCGUGCCGCCAGUCAGCUGCCCACAUACUGCUGCACCUGCGCUUGAAGUCGAAAGGCUUUAAAGAGAGGACAGCUGCUCUUGAAGACGCAUGCAUUUCUUGUCUUCAGGCCGUCAUCGGAGGUCUGCUGCUGCCGGAAGAAGUUUUUGCAGCAACAGCAGCAGCAGCAGCAAAAGAGCCCGCCAACUCCGCGGGCUUAGCCACCCCCAGGUCGCCUAGCUGCAGAGAGCGAGAGUUGCCGGCAGUUGACAAAUCUGUUGUCAAUCUCGUGCUGGAGCCCCUGGGAGACCGCCUGGGGGAUCCUCGCGUGGGUGGUCCAGUCAUGACCAUUGGUCUCCUCCUGGCCAAGUGCGUGGACACGCCGACCACUGUUGCAGCUCAGCUGGCGCUGCUGGCCGAAGGCCGCGUGGGAGGGGGCAGGAUCAUGCAGGGGAUCUGUUUGCUGCUGGAGCAGCUGCUGCAGCAGUGGGGCCUGCAUGCAUUCAACCCACCGAAGCAGUUGCUCAUGAUUGUCCGGCAGAUGCUGGAGCCAAACAAGGGGCCACGCUCAGUAGUCUUCCCCCUCCUCAAACGCCUCUACCUCGAGCUCGGAGACAAAGCAAUGACUGCUAUGCUUGUUGCCCACCCCCUGCCGGACGAGGUGAAGUACGCCUUGAAGCAGCAGCGGCAGCAACAGCAGCAGCAGCAGCAGCAGCAGCAGCAUCCAGUUCCUGUCGAGGAGUCGGGGCCGUCUUGGGGCGCUGCGUUGGCUGCAGUCAGUGCGGGAGCAGCAGCAACUGCAUCUGCAGUUGCUGCUGUCGCCACCGCCGACCCUUCCAGUUCAGCCAGGUGUUCUUGUGUCUCCGUGGCGCCGCACAUUACCCCUGAGCUGCUGCAGCGGCUGCAGCAAAAUCAAGACGAAGAAACAGUCCUAAGGGCGAUCAAUGAACUCUUGAACAUAUUUGUUAACAAGGCGGGACACAGGGUCAAACCUGAGGGGCUCAGUGGUCUGGUCUCGCUGCUGCGCAAGCGUCUUGGCGACCCCAGUGCCUCUGUGCGCCGCCAGCUGCUGCUCUUUUUGGUUGUUUUCUGUGAUCGGCUGAGCCCUAGAGCUCUUAAGGAGGGAGACAGUUCAUCAUCUCCACUGAGUGCUGCACGCGUCUACAAGCAGAUGCUGCCGGCGGCUGCUGAGUGCCUCGGCGACUCUGACAAGAAGGUCAUGCAGGCAGCAUACAUCGCGACGGCCAAGUGGAUGGUCGCCUUGGGCCUCGAGGAUUCUCUGGCUCUGCUGAGCCCUUUCCUCUGCAGCAACAGCAACGCAGCAGCAGCACUUUCUGCAACUCAGAAAUCGUCCGCUGGAACGGUCUUGCGGCGACCCUUUGCUGUAGCCUCGUCAGGCUGGAACUCGCAGCCCAAGACCCCCAAGAUAAGAGACACGCUGUUCUCGCUGAUGGCUCUUGUCAUGCCGGUGGAUCCAUCUCAGCAAGGACUGCUGCUGUUGGCUCUGGUGCCUCACCUCUUGGAUGCGCUGCAGCCUCAGCAGCGCAGCGACAGCCUUGUGAGCUCUUCUGCUGCUAGCACACUGUUGUCGCUAGUCGCACAUGAAGCUGCUUCGCCCGAAAGCAUUGUAGAAGUGAUGCAGCAGCGGACUACAGGGCAUGGGGCGCAUGCAGCUUCUGCUCUGCCGCCCGAGGCUGCACUCAAGCAGCUUCUCAUACCGGCCGAGAGCCUCGCGCUGCUGCUGCGGGCGCGCCAAGAAACAAGGGCCUCUUCACAGAGUCCUCUUUUAAGGACACUGCCGUUGCCUACCAAAACAAGCAGCAAAACACCGCAUCUGCAGCAACAGGAACAGCAAGAGCAGCCAAAAGGGGAGGAUGUCGUUUCCGAGGAAUCGAUCCAGGCGACAACGCCGGCUAUCAUUGCAGAAGCUUCAACAGCAAUCCCUGCUGCCGAACUUAGCUCUGUGUUACUCUCGACGCGUUCCCAGCGGAUCCAUAGAAGUAGCGGAGCCGGUUUCGUCACUGUUCGCCGGCAGCCUUUUUCUGUGCGAGAGGAGCUGCACCAAGAGCUGAAAAACCGCUUUGAAUCCAGUCUUCUGCUACUUAUGUUUCCUCCUUCCAGCUCUUCAGCCACGCAAAACAAGCAAGCGGUGCCGGAGCUGUCCCAGCUUAGGGCCAUUUACGAUGAGUGGAAACGAAUAUUUGACCCUGGCAACAACGCAGCGGCCUCAUCAAGAGAGGAUGGGUCCCCCAUGCCCCCGCUGACGGGGGAACAGAGCAUCACGGACAUCCUGCUUAAAUGGAUUGCAUUUUGCAUUGCAGAGGUUCAGCAACAGCUUCGGACUGCACAAGCGCAAGAGACCCUCUGCGCACUGCUUCAGAUGUUGCAGCUGGUGAUGCAGCCAUAUAACAGCCUUCGGGUAACUUUGGCUCUCUAUGAGCAGCAGCAAAUCUUGCAGCAGCUGCUCGACCUUGCUUACGCAUGCACCACUACUUCCAAUGGAAAGGGGGUCCCGACACCAAAGCCAGUGUCGAAGCAGCUCCGCCAUCUCGUGCGCGACGCCCUGUUGUUGCUAGCAGCAAUUGUGGAGGACCGGCCUAGGUUUCUUUCUGCAGUUCAUAGGAGCCUCAUUCGUUGCAAGAACAAAGAGCUGCUCGUUGAUUUGAUGGCUACAAUGGCUCGCGCUUUGGCGCAGCAUGUUCAGAUUCAGCUUCAAUCCAAGGCGCCUGCUGCCUCCUACAAUGAGUCUCUAAGUGACUUCCUUUCACAACAAUGCGCAGCCCGUUUUUUCUCCCUUCUGACGGACACAAGAGCUUCAAACGAGCAGCGCAGUCUGGCUUUCGACUUCCUCGUUCUGUGCAACUUGACGGUGAAGGGAGGCACCCUACACUUGCUGCCCUCUUUGACACCUGAGUGUCGGGCGCGUCUUGUGGAAGCUACGAAGCAAAUCGCAGCGACGGGACUUUCCCAGAGCCGACUCGACAGCCUGACACUUCGCCAAGGCGAUGGCUGCAGCAGUGCAGGCGAGGAGUCCACAAAUCCGAACACCGUUGAGGCAGCAUUACCGUGUGGCCCACGCUCACAGGUGGCGGCACCGGCGGCUGGAGGAUUGACGGACGCGAAGCGACCAGGCCCGGACCUCGGCGACACGAACAGCUGCAGCGUUUCCCAAGUAGCAGAAGUUCCUGAUGUAGCUGACGAGAGGACUGCGGCCAAGGACAAUACCACCGAAUGCCUCGCGUCUGCUUUGAUGCACGCGGUGGCACAGGCAGAUGCGUUGUUGCAGACAAGUGGGGAAGAGCUGCGUCAGCAAGCAGGUGCCCUGGAGGGGUAUCUGACGGCAGCUGGAGAACUGCGAAUGCAAAACAAAUACUCUGACAUGGCUCUAGCCUCUCAUGUUACGUCAACGGCGCAGGCGGAUGAACAGUCGACAGGCGAAGCCGGCGAAGCACCUAAAUUUCCUGUUGAGCUGCUCUGCUGUCUUACGGCUCUUAGAACGUGGAGCGCAGAAUUGAAACUUAGGUCACUACAUCGGGCCGCGUUUGGAGCUCACCUUUUGCUUUUUCUGCUAACAAACGCGCCGCCCAAUCCAAACAGCGCUGCAGCAACGGCAGCGACAACAGCAGUUUCCACCGCAGCGCAGUCUGCUGUGGGGGGGGCAGUCUGUGGCUCAGGGGACGGGGUCACCAACUUCCAACACCUAGACCAGCCGACUAACCGUCGUAGCAGCCGCCAGCAUAUUCAGCUGACAUCAGUCGGGGAAACGGUAAUCAAUGCUCACACCGUCAGUUCUCACAUUGUAAUGGAUGGCAUUACACAAGCUCUUGAAUUUUUCUUCGAGCCUCAGCAUUAUGAAGCGCUCUACAGCGCGGGCCUGAGCCUCCAAGGCGCCGCUUCAGCUUUGCUUCUUGCUGAGGCCGUCAUUCGCCGCCGCAUGCAGCAGUACAGAAGCUCAGGGAGCUCUGCCUCCUCCAAGCAGAAGCUGCCGCUCUGCACGGACUUAAAGUAUGGAAAUUUGGCGCCACUUCCCGAUAAGCAGCCGAUUCAACAAUGCUGCAACUGCUUGCUUCUCUGCAUGGGCAGAUACCAAGACUACCUGUACAAGAGCCCAAUCGCAAUGAACUCACGUCUUGGUUCCGUUCGCUACUUGGUAACAUUCUUGCUCAAUCAAGUCCUAGGAAGGAGUCUUCUCCAGGGGGACAUCCGUAUUCUAUCGUGUCUCGCUGAAUGCUGCUUUUCACAAGCAGCGCGGAACCUCGGCAGCUCUUGCCAGGGCGCCCAGAGGAGGCACACCGAAACUUUAUGGCGCCUUGUCGGCAAGAUCCAUAAGAAGGCAGUUCCGUUGAUGGAGGCGCAUGCAGCGGUUGCUCUUCGAUCCCGGAGGGAAGCCUCGGAGGGAGGAUUGUCAGAGGCGGAGAAGCAACAGCAGAUCGCACAGGCUCUAAGUAUCCUGGAGCUGAUAAGUACCGUCAUGACAUCUCUGUCUCGUCUAGAAGCCGCAUAUCAUGGUUCAAAACUGCUGAUAGAGCACCGACACCAGCAGCAAACAGCUAUGCAACAUCAACAAGAAGUGGAGAAACAAAGACUAGAGAUUGCUCAAGACAGUCGGGAAACAGCGCUGAAGACCCUUCGACGGGACAGACUCAUAUUCGUGUUGCACGCAAAAAUCUUCAUUCAUUCAUUUCUCACCUUGUGCCCAACUCUUUUGCGUGUUCAUCUAGAGGCAGUUGGAGUCAUGGAAUCUGCUGAACGGUGUGAACAGCUGGAACGACUGCUUCGCGGCAGCUUAACGGGAGAGACAGGCGAUAGUGAAAUGUAUUCAGAUACGCCUGCAUCUCCUGAAACCGAUCCUACUGUGCCGCUGCCCCAGGUAAGAGGUGCAGACGAAGCGUGCAGAGGGCUCAGCACCUUCUCUUGCGCAAGAAUACCCCGCCAGCCAGCAGCGUACGACGUUCAACAAGUUUUGGCACUUCACCGGCGAUUCGUGGAGGAGGGAGAGAGCCGGCGGGCUGACGAGUGCGCGAUGCAAGUAGACUCGCCUUCUCCAAACCGCGAAGACGCUUCGUUUACCGUUAAAGCAGUACUCAAGGAAAAAGAAACUACGCUUCGCUCGCUCCUUAGCCAGGGAGGGCUCGACCCAUCGCAGGACAAGCAUAAAUGCUCUUCGAGUGGCACCGUUUAUUGUUGGCCUUUGUUGGGCGGUGAUUCAAUUGAGCAGCAGCCGUACGAUAGCAGCGAUGAUUUUAUGCUACACCCUUUGGUGCGAAAGGUUCAAGAAUGCCUUUUAUCCCCCGCUGAGCAACGUGCACUGUUGCAGUAUCCUUGCGGCACAACCUCACGAGCCUCUGGCCCAAAGGACCCACUGGAUCGAAAUGGCCUGCAUAUGCUUCGCUUUUGCGCUGGGACUUCGGCCGCCCUGCCCCAUCAUAAGCUUGCUACACUGAGGGCUGAGACAGCAAAUCGUGACAGCAUUCCAACAGACUGGCUUGACCUCGCGGCUGUAGCUCAGUCUUACAAACUUGAUCCUCUGCCUUCUCAGGCAGGCUCCAGUGCUUCAGCCAAUGCUUCAGCUAUCAAUGCAGGCUCAGCGGCAGGCUCUCACCCGGAGGCCGCUAGCUGUGAUGUUCCCGAAAUUACUGAUUGUAAGAAAAUCCAACACGGAGGAGUGCCACUAAAUGCAGGAGUUGUUUGGGGGCCUUCAAGCUUCGAGAAUGACGGCAAAAACUGUAUGGCGGACCGAGACGCUGCCAAUGAUUCUGCAGGUCUCAAUAGUGCCCAGACUCCUUCUAGGCACUACGACGCCGCUGUCACGGCCACAAAAGGGUCUUUUAUAUCGAAGCUUGUUAGACCUGCUCAGCAAAGGCCAGGACGGGGCUCUUCUGCGCGUUCUAGCUCCGUGAAAGAUAUUGAUGGCGCCAGCGAAAUACCAAGUACCCCCGUGACAGCCUCACGGUUGCCACAAUGUUGCGCUACUAGGACCUCUAUUCCCACGGCCUCUCCCACAAGCUCACAUGAGAGGCAUAUUCGUGCCUCCAGUGUUACAGCUAGCAAGAGUGCAUUCGUCAGGCGCCCGUGGCAACCAGACCAGUCUUGGUGCUCGCAGCCAACUAGUUCAGACGCGCGCUAA